AUGUCUGGUGAAAGCAGUCCUGUUUGCACUGGGAAUGCUUGCAAGGAACAGCCCGCUGCUUUCCACCAGAACGGUAAGGAAAAGGAUGAGCCUAGCAUCGUCGUGGUGGAUUCAGACUCAGACAAUGAAAGCUACAGGCUCUCUGCAAACCGCAGCAAAACAAACCUCUCACCGAAGCAGACAGCAAAGAUUUCACCAACAACCACGUCUCUGUUUCCUAAUGCCAGACUAGGUGGAUCACUUUGGAAUAAUGACACUGCCGUGCUCCUGGGAAGGAAAUCAGCCGCAAUAAAUUCUAAUAAGACCCACAUGCAUAUAAAUGACUCCCAGGGGGCAGACAAGAUUGACAGACUGCCAGAGACUUUGCAAAUAGUGCAUAAUGAUCCAGUCGCUCCCUCAUCUCCUGAACCCAGCAAGACGUCAGCAGGAGAUUGCCCGAAUGAGCCUAAGUGCACUUCUUCCGACGCUGAGAUAAUGGCUCUCCGGGAACGUGUUGGGGCUUUCUCUGCAUUUCCAGCUCUAGGGGGCAUAUCAUUACCUCCGGGGAUCAUCAUCAUGACAGCCCUGCAUUCCCCUGCAGCUCUCGCAGCGAUGUCAGACAGUGCCUUUCAGAUCGCCAACCUGACAGAUUGCCCUCUGCACAAUGCCACGGGAGGCUGCGGCCACCCUGCCAAAAAGAAAAGGAAAAGGUGCGGGGUGUGCGCUCCCUGCAGGAGGCUGAUCAACUGUGGAGAAUGCAGCAGCUGCAGGAACCGUAAAACUGGCCACCAAAUCUGUAAAUUACGGAAAUGCGAGGAGUUAAAGAAGAAACCCGGCACUUCACUCGAGAAGGUAAUAAUCCCUGGUGGAGGAGAGGCAUUCAGAUGGUUCUUUUAGGAGUGAUUCUACACCUCAUCCAACCCCAUGAAGUGUGAUUUGCCUCAUGAACAGAGAAUGUUGCUGCAUGGAUUCCUGACACAAGGAGCAAGUUCCAUUCCAAUGGUUUCUUUGUUUUUCCUAGUAGUGGAUUUUGUAUCUUUGGAGCUGUUUUGUUUUCAUGUCAAAAUUGUGUAUUGGUAUUAAGGGUGAACUGUAUAUAAAAAAANGAAGCUUGUAACAUGCAAUGAAUAGAACUGGACAAUCAUUAUGUUGCAUUGAGGGUUGUGACUAAUGUUCGAGAAAACUCAAUAUGAAAGAGGGAAUGAAGCAAUAACCUAGAGUUGUAAUUGUGUAAAUAAUGAGCAUGACCUGUAGUAAACAAUAUAACCUUUUUUGUUGUAAGUAGUUAAAUCCAGUAAAAAAAAGCAACCCUUUGAUGUAUUUAUACAAACUGACAGAAUUUGGCAGCUACAAUGUUAUUCGGUUUCCUCAAAACACUGGUGGCCUGACUGAGUACAGUUAUAGGUAAAUGACUAGGUCUGCCCGUUGGAGAUGGGGUGUUUGUGAAUACAUCCGAGGCUCUGGUAUCAAUAAGUUCUUAUAUUCACACAAUGUCAGCACCUUGGCCUGUACUUCCCAUAACUAUUUUUUAAUCAUGGGUUCUGUUUGGGCAGAGGUGCAUUACAGCCAACAGAAUCCAAUGGUGUAAUCUGAGCUUUACAGAACAUGAGAAAGGAUUGGAUAAAGAAGUCCCUUUGCCCAUUUGGUAUCAUCCUUCCAAAAUUCCAUAUCUACUAUCUUGCCAUUACAGAGCAAGCUGUUCUUAAACACAUGGCCUCAUGAGACUUCAGAUUACAUCAGUAGCCAAUGUUACUGUUCUAUAAAUGUUGCUUCAUUAUAUAUGUACAAGUCCAUUGUGAAAGCACUUUGAAGACCAUUUACUGUGCCUACUUAAUUACUUACCUCUGUGACAAAUUGUUAAAAUACACAGGGAGUGGGUGACUUCCUCUGAAAUUCAUGUUCCAAUUUAACCUCAAUGGAUAGAAUGAAAGUCUCUCUCUCCCAACUGAGAGGGUCCAAUGUUAAAUGAGUUUGAAGUCUCAACCCAGUUUCUAGUGGGUUGUGGUUCACAGGUUAAUCUGAAAUUUGCCUGCAAAUCAACACUAAAUUAGCAAUUAAAUGAGGCAACACGGAAUGGUAUAGGUAUUGGAAAUGAUGCAUAGCUGCAAGGAGGAAUGCUGAGUUAAAACACAUUUGGGGGCAGAGAGGGCAUUUCACUGCAUCUGUAUCCAAGGAGUAAAUUAUGCUAGAUUUUUGGUAACAGAUGUCUUCAUUCCUCAUAUCCUUAACAUUUGAUGAGCAUAAAAAAAUAAUUAAAAGAAAAUACCUUAAUAUUUCUUAAUAAUUGUACUAAUUAGAGAAAUAAAACCAAAGCACCCAUGUUAUUGUUUAAUAUAUUUUUAAUUGGAUUUAUUUGUGUGAUCUCUUUGAUUUAAUUUCUUGCAUCUCACUAAAAUAAGUUACCAAGCAUGUUAUUUUGGAUAACUGGUAACUGUUAUGUUGGAGUAGAAGAUUCAGACUAGUGAUUUUAACCGGCCCGAGGUGUCCUUUUCUUGCAGUGUGUAUAAACUAUGGAUGCAUGUUGCAGUUCAAGUUAUGAUGCAAGUUGCAUGUUAUACUGGAACUUCUUUUUAAUCUUGCUUUUAGCUUAAGUCACUUGUUGCUACAUGUGGGUUAGUAGCAGGUACUGGCCUAUUCAGUUAGGGCCAGAAGGUUUGUGUAGUAUUUGUUUAUUGAACUAAAAUUAUUUUUGUAAUCGGUUUGUGUGUAGUUUUGACAUGCAGCUGAAUAAAGAGUAGUACAAUGAAAUAAUCAGACCCAAGAUUAAGUUAGAUAUGUGUGUCCAUUUAAAUCUUUUAAUCACUAUUCUCUGUGCUACUGUUAUCUAACAGCUGAUGAAACUGGACCAAAUUAACCCUCACACUGCCAACAGGUCUACAGAGACUCCUAUCUCUUGGUUGACUGGUUGUGUACAUUUUCUGCUAACAUUACAGCAAUAAAGUAACUCAAACAUAA